AUGGACAUGGAGAAGGUCAACUCUAUGGACUUCGGGGAGUUUGUGGAUGUGUUCGGGAACGUCGUGGAGAGAUGUCCUCUGAUUGCAGCCGCCAUUUGGUCCCAGCGCCCGUUCUCUGACUUGGAAGAUUUAGAGAAGCACUUUUUUGCGUUUAUUGAUGCUCUUCCACAGUCAGGCCAAGAGGGCAUCCUGCGCUGCCACCCGGACCUGGCGGGCCGCGAGCUGCAGCGGGGCACGCUCACCGCCGAGUCGCAGCGGGAACAGAGCGGCGCGGGCCUGACGAGCCUGAGCGCGGAAGAGCGGCUCCGGCUGGCCGAGCUCAACGCGCAGUACCGCGCGCGCUUCGGCUUCCCCUUCGUGCUGGCGGCCCGCCUCAGCGACCGCGCGGCCGUGCCGCGAGAGCUAGCGCGCAGGCUGCACUGCCCGCCCGCGCAGGAGCUGCGCACCGCCCUGGCCGAGGUGAAGAAGAUCGGCCACUUGCGUCUCGCGGACCUCCUCGGCGUGGACCCUGCCGGGCCGCAGCGGCCGCGCGAGCCCGGGGCGCCGGACGCUCGUCGGGACGCGCGGGGGCCGCAGCCCGGCGCUGUGCGCCCUGGGCUGGAGGCUGUCGCAAGCUUGGAACGGCGUCCACACACGCGCGUAAAGGAAGGGGAGAAUUGAGGCAAUCAUACGAAUAACGAACCCUUUUGUCCACACACCCACACGCUCACGCUUUGCCAAAAUAUUUGUAUAGUUUCACGCUUUGCCCCCGAUUUAUCCAGCUCACUGCUUCAAUUCUUCACUCCCUUUGCGGCCUGUUGACACCACCAGCCUUUGUGGAU